AUCUGUUUAUGGUUUCCGCGAUGGGGAAAACGCAGACGGAAUCGCGGAAGCCAGUCAUAUAAAGGGAAUUUACUGUAUAACGCGGAGUCACGGAGUUUGUCAAAAUUUGGAUGAAUUAAUCAAAAGUAGAGCUAGGUAUGGCACUGUGGAUUCAGGCGCAGCAGCUGCAGGGGGAUGCCCUGCAUCAGAUGCAGUCUCUCUAUGGGCAGCACUUCCCCAUCGAGGUGCGCCACUACCUGGCGCAGUGGCUGGAGGCACAGCCGUGGGAUGCCAUCGACCUGGAGAACCAGCAGGAUGAGUUUAAAGCAAAACGUCUGCUGGAUGGUCUGAUCCAGGAGCUGCAGAGGAAGGCAGAGCAUCAGAUGGGUGAAGAUGGUUUCCUUCUGAAAAUCAAACUGGGUCAUUAUGCCACACAGCUGAAGAGUUCGUAUGACCCUUGCCCUCUAGAGCUUGUGCGGUGUGUUAAACACAUCCUGUACACUGAGCAAAGACUUGUACAGGAAGCAUCCAACGCCAGCAGCCCGGGGUCAGGUCCGGUAGAUGGGACCCCUCAGAGAUAUCAGCAGAUCAACCAGACGUUUGAGGAGCUACGUGUUAUGACACAUGACACAGAGAAUGACCUCCGCAAGCUGCAGCACAGUCAAGAAUACUUCAUCAUUCAGUACCAGGAGAGCUUAAGGAUACAGGCUCAGUUGAGUAGUUUGGCCAGCAUUCCUCCAGCUGAGCGUGUUCAGAGAGAAUCGGGUCUGCAGAGCAGGAAGACCACGUUAGAGUCCUGGCUCACACGAGAGGCCAACACCUUACAGAAAUACAGACAGGAACUGGCAGAGAAGCAUCAGAGGACUCUAGCUCUGUUGAGGAAACAGCAAACCGUGAUCGUAGAUGAUGAAUUGAUUCAGUGGAAGAGACGACAGCAGCUCGCAGGCAAUGGAGGACCAUCAGAGGGAGGACUGGACAUACUGCAAGCCUGGUGUGAGAAGUUGGCCGAUAUGAUCUGGCAAAACAGACAGCAGAUUCGCCGAGUUGAACACCUGACACAGCAGCUGCCCAUUCCUGGACCCACAGAAGAACUGCUCACUGAACUCAACGCUACUGUCACAGAUAUCAUAUCAGCACUCGUCACCAGCACAUUUAUAAUUGAGAAACAGCCUCCUCAAGUGCUGAAGACUCAAACCAAAUUUUCAGCAACGGUUCGCUUGCUGGUCGGAGGGAAACUCAAUGUCCACAUGAAUCCUCCACAGGUUAAAGCCACCAUCAUCAGCGAACAGCAGGCCAAGGCCUUACUAAAGAACGAGAACACCCGCAAUGACAGCAGUGGAGAGAUUCUGAACAACAACUGUGUGAUGGAGUACCACCAAACCACUGGCACCCUGAGUGCACACUUCAGGACCAUGUCUCUGAAGCGUAUAAAGAGGUCAGACCGCCGUGGGGCGGAGUCAGUGACUGAAGAGAAGUUUACGGUUCUGUUCGAGUCUCAGUUCAGUGUGGGAGGCAAUGAACUUGUGUUUCACGUGAAGACGUUAUCCCUGCCUGUUGUGGUCAUCGUUCAUGGGAGUCAAGACAAUAACGCUACAGCGACCGUAUUGUGGGAUAAUGCUUUCUCUGAGCCAGGUCGAGUGCCAUUCGUGGUGCCUGAUAAGGUGCUGUGGCCGCAGCUGUGUGAGGCUUUGAACAUGAAAUAUAAAUCGGAGGUUCAGAGCGACAGAGGCCUGUCAGAAGACAAUCUGGUGUUCCUCGCUCAGAAAGCCUUCAGCAGUUCCAGCAACAACCCUGAGGACUACUGCAACAUGACCAUCACCUGGUCUCAGUUUAAUAGGGAGAGUUUGCCGGGCAGGAACUUCACAUUCUGGCAGUGGUUUGAUGGCGUCAUUGAGCUCAUGAAGAAACACCUGAAGUCUCACUGGAAUGAUGGAGCAAUUCUGGGUUUCCUAAACAAGCAGCAAGCUCAGGACAUGUUGAUGUCGAAACCAAACGGUACAUUCCUUCUGCGCUUCAGCGACUCUGAGAUCGGAGGCAUCACCAUUGCAUGGGUUGCAGAAAACCCGAACAAAGCAGGAGAACGGAUGGUGUGGAACCUGAUGCCCUUCACUACUAAAGAUUUCUCCAUCCGCUCUCUGGCUGAUCGGAUCAGUGAUCUGAACCAUCUGCUCUUCCUCUAUCCCAACCAGCCGAAAGAGGAAGUCUUCUCCCGUUACUGCACACCUCCAAACUCAAAAGCAGUGGGGGAUGGAUACGUCAAACCAGAGAUUAAGCAGGUGGUGAAAGUUGAGUUUUCUUCGCCCAAUCCUGAACCAUCUCCUGGGAAUUCAUUCAUGGAGCAUGCAGCAUCACCCACUGUCAAUCAACACCAUAACUUCACAAUCUAUCCAUCAAUGAAUGACUCCAUGUUAGACACGGAAGGUGAAUUUGAUCUGGAAGAGACCAUGGACAUGGCCCGACAGGUGGAGGAGUUCCUGCGUCAGCCCAUGGAAACCCAGUGGAGUGGACAACAGUCAUGACCUUAAACCUUAUGGUCUCUUAUGAGAACUACAAAAACUCAAUGGUUCCAUUCCAUAUUUUUAUCUUAACAAAUGUGAAAUGCUAUGUUUUUCAAAGCUGAUCAGUGGAUGUGUAAUUGCCUUUGCGUUUUAUAUAUAGUUUGAUGUGUAAUUUCCCAUCAUUAACCACCGAAGAACAAUAGACUUGUCAUGUGCA